AUGACGAGCAGCAGGCGAGUGGUGGUGGAAAUGCCCACCGGUACCAGCUCCAGCUUGCCCCUCCAGAGGCACAGGGCGUCCUUUGGGGGAACAUGGUCAUCAUCCUCCCUGGAUAGCCCUCCAGCCUCCAGGACCAAUGCCAUGGGUGGUCUCGUCCGAGGACCCAGAGUCUAUGUAGGGAUGGUGCCCAGUGGGUACACAGGUGGCCUGGGCACCCGCGUGACACGCCGGGCCCUGGGCAUCAGCAGUGUUUUCCUGCAGGGCCUGCGGAGCUCAGGUCUGGCCACAGCACCAGCUCCAGGCCUGGAGAGGAACCUCGGUGCCGUUGAGGACCUGGGGGGUUGCCUGGUGGAAUACAUGGCCAAGGUUCAUGCCCUCGAGAACGUCAGCCAGGAGCUGGAGGCACAACUGCGCAUGCACCUGGAGAGCAAGGCCACACGCUCUGAAAGUUGGGGUGCCCUCAGGGCUUCCUGGGCCAGCAGCUGCCAACAGGUGGGCGAGGCGGUCUUGGAAAAUGCCCGGCUCAUGCUUCAGACAGAGAAUAUCCAGGCGGGUGCAGACGACUUUAAAGAGAGAUAUGAAAAUGAGCAGCCAUUUCGAAAGGCAGCAGAAGAGGAAAUUAACUCUCUGUAUAAAGUCAUCGAUGAGGCUAAUUUGACAAAAAUGGAUCUGGAGAGUCAAAUAGAAAGCCUGAAAGAAGAACUUGGCUUUCUGUCAAGGGGCUAUGAGGAGGAUGUGAAAGUGCUGUACAAACAGCUGGCAGGGUCUGAGCUGGAACAAAUGGGUGUUCCCAUUGGCACUGGUCUGGACGACAUCCUCGAGACCAUCAGAAUCCACUGGGAGAGAGAUGUGGAAAAGAACCGGGCGGAGGCAGGAGCCUUGCUCCAAGCCAAGCAACAGGCAGAAAUGGCCCGCAUGGCGCAGACCCAGGAAGAGAAGCUGGCCGCUGCCCUCAGGCUGGAGCUGCACAACACUUCAUGCCAGGUCCAGAGCCUCCAGGCUGAAACGGAAUCCUUGCGGGCCCUGAAACGAGGCCUGGAGAACACCCUGCACGACGCCAAGCACUGGCACGACAUCGAGCUGCAGAACCUGGGCGCCGUGGUGAGCAGGCUGGAGGCGGAGCUCAGGGAGACGCGCUCAGAGGCGGAGCAGCAGCAGCAGGCUCGAGAGCAUCUGCUGGCGCACAAAGCCCAGCUGCAGAGGGACGUGGCGUCCUACCACGCCCUGCUGGACAGGGAGGAGAGCUGUCUGCCCACCUUGCUCGGCCCACUGUCAGGUGGAAUGGAUAUCACAUUACCUGGCCAGCUUUUGCUCAUGGAGCCAUUCUUAAAGGCUUCUGCAAGAGUCCUUGAGCUUGACGCCAUCUGCCUCGUCAUCCAAGGGCCAGGCGCUCUUGGGUUUAUGGACAUAAACGCGCCGCUUAGACCCAAGAACAAACUCACCUUCGUUGUCAUCUACGACACUUCCGAGCACCUACUCAUCUUGUUGGACUUCAAGGAUACCAGGAAACAGAAGCCGCUUUCUGCUCCGUGGCUGUACCAGUGUGCAUCCCCAUGA